UUGAAUUGUUAUCCAUUUUCGGAGAAUGUCGUCAAUCUUCUCAUCUUGUCGAGUUUUCGCACCUCCAUGGUGGAUGAUUCAGAAGAAGACUAAGAAUGUCGAAUACUCUGAUUUACUCAAUUCCAAGAAGAAAUUCCAUUUCCCCUUCACAUUAUCUUCUUCUUCUUCACCAUUAAGCGAUGAUUCUACUUCUCCGCUAAUCAAACGCCAGGUUAAGAUAGGAUAUGAUCCUUCCGAAGAUCUUUUCGGACUCGAUGUUGAUCUAAACCCUCUCAGGAGACCCGUCUCUGGUGCAUUAGAAGGCAGGAAACUAAGAUCUUGGUUCGGUCCAAAUGGUCAGUAUAUCAAAGAGUUACCUUGCCCAAGCUGCAGGGGAAGAGGUUAUACUCCAUGUGCUGAUUGUGGAAUAGAGAGAUCUAGACAAGAUUGUUCACAAUGCUAUGGAAAGGGCAUAAUGUCCUGCAGUCAGUGCUUGGGAGAUUGUGUUAUUUGGGAAGAAGCAAUUGAUGAACAGCCAUGGGAGGAAGCCCGCUCCAUUUCUCCCUUCAAAGUAAAAGAGGAUGAUGAGGUAGACAAUUUGGACAUAAAAGUGGAUGUGAAGAGGAGGACUAAGCGCGUUUACCAGUCACCUUCCCCUGAAGUUGGUCUUAAGAUCAGCAGAUCACUAAAAAGCCUCAAUGCCAAAACUGGAUUAUUUAGCAAGAGGAUGAAGAUUAUACAUCGUGAUCCUCUGCUUCAUGCCCAGAGAGUGGCUGCCAUUAAGAAAACAAAAGGCAUGCCAACUGCAAGAAAACAAGCAUCUGAGUCCAUGAAAGCUUUCUUCAAAAAUCCAGAAAAUCGUCGUAUGAGAAGUAUUUCCAUGAAAGGGGUGAAAUUUUACUGCAAAAAUUGUGGACUUGAAGGGCAUAGAAGACACUAUUGUCCGGCACUUAAAGAGGACAGGUCUGUUGACAGACGGUAUGAAUGUCGCCUUUGUGGGGAGAAAGGGCAUAACAUGAGAACAUGUAGGAAACACAAUUCAACUGAAUCGGUAGAAAAUGUUUCAAGGCAUUAUCAGUGCAAAGUAUGUGGUAAACAUGGCCAUAACAGAAGAACUUGCCCACAAGCAAGUGACAUGAAACCAGAUAUCACUAAUGACAAGAAUGAUGGAUCUGUUUCAUCUGAUUCAUCUUGUUCUCAUUUGAAUAGCCAUUAGGCCAGAGAUCUGUGUACAACUGAAGAUUUAUUGCUCAAUUGAUUCAUAGCAAGAAUGAUUUCUUGUUUUAGUUUGGGAGUACUAGUUACAAGUUACCACAGACUUAUCAAACGUUUUUUUCGUUUUAAUGGAUUUGUUGUUUGUUAA